AUGACGGUUUCAAAGAUGUUGAUAAAGACCAAGAGCUUGAGUGGUAUGCAGCAACGCGCGGCCGGCAAUCGUGCGCAUAAUCGUAUGGUGCUUCGAAAGUUGGUAGUGUUCUCGAUUCUGAUGGGUGUCGUCCCUUUGAGCACGUUCUACGGCGUACGCAGCAUAUUUAAACCCGGAGAACCAGGCAAUCAGUAUGCGGAUGCGUGGAGUGGAUUUAUAGCAGUUCUUUCGGUAAAUAUCGUCAUUGGACUCUACAUUUUGUCGGCGUGGAAAGAGAAUGAUGAGAAGGACGUGGCUCCGCCAGUGGGGCGUUUUGCCAAGGCGAAGGAGCAAUAA